GAGUAGACUGAACGCUUUGUCAGCCAAUGGGAAGAAGCGCAGGGUCCGCGCCCCACUGGGGAAGUGCCGGGGCGGGAUUUCCUGAGCUUCGCUGGGCUGGCUUGUUGUGGUGCGCGGAGAAGAAGAGCUGGUCAGCUGGGUGCGGCGUGAAGGGUCGGUCUGUGAAGACUCAGCCGUCAACAUGCCCGGGAUAGACAAGCUGCCCAUCGAGGAGGCGCUCGAGGACAGUCCCCAGACUCGGUCCUUGCUGGGUGUGUUUGAAGAAGAUGCUGCAGCAAUAUCUCGCUACAUUAACCAGUUAUAUAAAGCCAUGCACCGAAUUUAUGAUGCACAGAAUGAAUUAAGUGCAGCAACACAUUUAACUUCGAAGCUUCUAAAAGAAUACGAGCAGCAGCGGUUUCCUUUGGGUGGUGAUGAUGAAGUUAUGAAUUCUACUCUGCAGCAGUUUGCAAAAGUGAUAGAUGAGCUCAGUUCAUGUCAUGCUGUUCUGUCAACUCAGUUAGCUGAUGCCAUGAUGUUUCCCAUUACUCAGUUUAAGGAAAGGGAUUUAAAAGAGAUAUUGACUUUAAAAGAAGUUUUCCAGAUCUCGAGCAAUGAUCAUGAUGCUGCCAUCACCAGAUAUAGUCGCCUGUCAAAAAAAAGAGAAAAUGAGAAGGUCAAAUAUGAAGUUACAGAAGAUGUGUAUACUUCCAGGAAAAAACAACAUCAGACUAUGAUGCAUUAUUUCUGUGCAUUAAAUACUCUUCAGUACAAGAAGAAAAUUGCUAUGUUAGAACCCUUGUUAGGAUACAUGCAAGCUCAGAUAAGCUUCUUCAAGAUGGGAUCAGAAAAUCUUACUGAACAGCUGGAAGAGUUUUUAGCAAACAUUGGAACAAGUGUGCAGGAUGUUCGCAGGGAAAUGGAUCGUGAAGUAGAGACUAUGCAGCAGACUAUAGAAGACUUGGAGGUAGCCAGUGACCCACUGUAUUUGCCUGACCCCGAUACUACAAAAUUUCCUAGCCAACGGAACCUUACUCGGAAAGCAGGUUAUCUUAAUGCAAGAAAUAAAACAGGGCUCGUGUCUUCCAGUUGGGACAGGCAGUUUUAUUUCACUCAGGGUGGAAACUUAAUGAGCCAGGCACGAGGAGAUGUAGCUGGAGGACUUGUUAUGGAUAUAGACAACUGUUCAGUCAUGGCUGUGGACUGUGAAGACAGAAGAUAUUGCUUUCAGAUAACAUCUUUUGAUGGCAAAAAGUCUUCUAUUUUGCAGGCAGAGAGCAAAAAAGAUUAUGAGGAGUGGAUAUGUACAAUAAACAACAUCUCUAAACAGAUAUACCUCAGUGAAAACCCAGAGGAAAUUGCUGCACGUGUAAAUCAGACAGCUCUAGAGGCAGUCACCCCCUCACCUUCUUUCCAGCAGAGACAUGAGAGCAUGAGGCCAGCAGUACAGUCUCGUCCUCCCACAAAUCGUACUAGCAGCACUGGGUCUUUGGGAUCUGAUUCAGCAUCUCUGUCAGCGCUUUCUUUGGAUUCACUUGUUGCACCUGACAUACCUAUACAGUUUGACAUCAUUUCCCCAGUGAGCGAAGAUCAACCUGGCCAGGCAAAAAUCUCAGGACAGUCAGGCAGGCGUACAAACCCUUUUGGAGAAUCUGGAGGAGUUAAAUCAGAAACAGAAGAUUCUAUCCUUCAUCAGUUAUUUAUUGUAAGAUUCCUUGGAUCCAUGGAAGUGAAGUCUGAUGAAAAUCCUGAUAUUGUUUAUGAAACUAUGCGCCAAAUACUAGCAGCUCGAGCUAUACAUAACAUUUUCAGAAUGACAGAAUCACAUCUGUUAGUCACAUGUGACUGUUUAAAGUUAAUUGAUCCACAGACACAAGUUACAAGACUCAGGUUUCCUUUGCCAAAUAUAGUUCUGUACACCACUCAUCAGGAGAACAAACGCCUUUUUGGAUUUGUCCUUCGAACUUCAUCAGGGAGACCAGAUAGCAGACCGACUUCAGUCUGCUAUAUAUUUGAAUCAAACAAUGAAGGGGAAAAGAUUUGUGACUCUGUAGGACUUGCAAAACAGAUUGCAUUUCAUGCUGAAUUGGAUCGUAGAACCUCAGAGAAGCAGAAAGAAAUAGAGAGGGUGAAAGAGAAACAACAAAAGGAGCUCAGCAAACAAAAACAAAUUGAGAAGGAUUUGGAAGAGCAAAGCCGUCUAAUAGCUGCUUCUAGUAGAUCUAAUCAGAGUGCUGGAGAGGGCCAAUUUGUCGUCCUUAGUAGCCAAUCAGAAGACAGUGAUUUGGGAGAAGAAGGGAAGAAGAAACGUGAAUCUGAAGCAUGAACUGACCUUAGUGGGAGUCUUUGGACAUCUGAGAUGAGAUGGCAGAGAAUGCAAAAGAAACAAAGGUGUAGGGUUUCCUUUAUUAGAUGAGACUUCAUAUUUUGAACUUUCAUUUUUCUUUUCCUGCACUUGCAUAAUGUAGAUACGGACUUUCAUACUGUAAGGAAUCAUGUUCAAUGAUUGUGGCAGAAUUGGAGUUUAUGGACUUUUUUUGUUUACCAGGGUGAUCGUAACAAGGUAAAAGUUGGCAUAAGUUAUGAUUUUACUCUCCUGUUCAAAAUGUGCUUUAAAUAGGUAUCACGCUAAUUGCCGCUAAAUGAUUGUGAGGAUAAAUGGCCGGGGAGGGGGGGAUAAGUACUGCAAAACCAGAAAAAUCAUGAUAGUGUUUUUAAAUUUAAAUUGUUUGUAUCAUUUUUAUUUGAAAUUGCAAUGGGUUUUAUUAGCUUCUCAACAUAUUUUUGGCGACCUCCUUGAAUGGUGACUGCAAAACUAAUGCAGGUUAGCAAUUGGAAUGGGUAUAACUGUUCAUAUAACAAAUGUUUCCAUUUAAAGAUGAGAACAAUAAUAUGUGUAUGUCCAGGUAAUUGACAGUGAGCUUGCAAUGAUUAUUGGCAUUCAGUAAAUCUUUGGAGCCUUAGGUUUGAAAAUGUUGAUAGAAGAACCAUUUGUUCAAAGAACUUAUAAACUAACAGUUGAGAUGUGAAUUAAAAUUAGUUUUGAAGGACAACUUUGGUGUGCCACAUAAGUACUUGUAUAGCUUGCAUGAAUCUGCUAAAUUGCUGAGAAGUGUAGGCUGAACUUUGUUUUUAUUUAGAAAAAAGUAACAAGUCUUCAAAUAUAUCAGAUGUCAGCAUUUUCUGCCUGCACCAGAGGACUCUUAAAACAAAAGUUUAUCCUUUAUAUUGUACUAACUACAGUAACUAGGAAAGUCCAUUAUAAAGUCCUACAUCCCAAAUGAUCAAACCAUUAGUUUCAUUAAAAGCAAUCUGUAAAAUGGGCUUAAUCCAUGGAAGUUGCUCAGAAUAGUAGAGGCCAACAUUUAGUCUCCUGUGCAUUCAGCUGUAGGCUCUGUGUAGCAUUUAUGUGAACAAAUGAAGCCUAUAUCCUAUAGUUUAGUUAUGCACAUCCCUUUCAUCCAAGCAGGAUUACCUUUUUAAAAACUUCGCCCUAAAGAUUGCUAAAAAACCUGCCUUGAUAUACCUAAGUUUUUGUUGCUGAAAUGGGAAAAAACUCACUCUGAAGGAAGAAACAAAAAUGCAUCAUGAAUCAUUAGAUAUCUGAGACCUUUUGAAGUACCCAUUUUGCUACCCACUCCUGAGACCUGUGGAGGAAUUUCUCUCAUAGAACUCCAAUACUGUUUGCCAAGAAACUAUUAAUAUCUAUCAAAAGGAGCUCGAUAGGGCUCCAGCAAAUUUAGGGGCUGCAGCUGCUAGCAGUUUCUCCCCCUUCCACCACUACCCUGAGUUUCUGCGAGUAUCGACUUGUGCAUAAGGCUGAUGAAAUACAUUUAAUGCUGCUUCAUUUACUUGUGGUAAAGGAAUACUAACCUAUGUUUUAUAUUUGGGGGUAGCUUACUUUCUAAAUUGGCAAAGCCCAUCAUAAUUAUAUCUUUUUUAGCUUAAUAAAGCCAUAUAUUAUGUUACACUGUGUUAAUUUUAAAUUUGUGUUGAAGCGAAUAACCAGUUUCUAUGAUAAACAAGUCUUAUGUUUUCAGAUUAACCUCUGCCAGUUGUUGCCUGCAAUCUUUGUUUGUGUGUGUGUAUAUAUAUGUAAAGAUGUUAUGUUCAUACACUGUAUUAUAAUGUGCAUAAUACCUGUAUGUCCUUGAUAAUAAAACUGAUGGGUAUUACUCCUCUA